AUCUUACAGUGGUACGGCUUCAGUCAGGGCGUUACGCAUGGCGCAUAUCUAGUGGGGAAUUGUGCCGUACGCCGCCUGCUGGCUGGCUGCAUUCGAUUUCUGUAAUCCUUGAGGAGGAUUCCCUGCCUUUACUCUUCCUUCGUUACCAAGGUGGGAACAGAUAUACUUCGCAGAGUGGAGACAUAUACAAGCUCCAAGCUAUAAAAGUUAGCCUCAAAAGCGGAAACGUAUGACAUGUACGUCGUCUGUGCGUGCUGGUGCAAUUGAUUAGAUCUUCCAAGACCGUUUCUUCCCCCUCCCUUUCCCCAGUUGUAGAAGCUCCUUAACUCCAGAUCUCUCCCUUUAUAUAAAUCUGUCUUGCGUAUUUUCUGCGUUGGGUUGCUAUUUUUCUUGCUGAUUCCUCAGGAGGAUCCCCUGACUGCACGAUUCCUUGGUUACCGAAGCAAUCAGUCGCUGCUUGACACUGGGCCGAUAGAGAGGAAUUAAGUGGUCGUACGUCGAAUAUUUGCGGCUUUUCUUGUUCCAUGACACGGUUCCACGAAUUGGGUAGCGAGAUUUUUGUGGUGUUUUGACAGACUACAUCUGUUGGUGGAAGGGCAGGGAUUGAUUUUCUGUAAUUUUUGGAGGGGACGCUAGAUUGGUAGGGUUUCUUGGUGGAGACGUGGCCAUGAGUUCAAGUGUGCAUAGGUUCGUUCUCCCCACGGGAACGAAAGAAGAGAUUGAAGAUGGCUCGGAGAGGAGGUUUUUGUUCGAGCACGAUCUGUACAGCGAGAGGUUGAUCCGUCGUUCCCGUAAGAAAUUACUCGUUCUUGAUGUCAAUGGCUUGCUCGCGCAUACGGUCUUUGAAACGAACACCGUGAGCCUUCCGGCAAAUAGACGGGCGGACGGCGUUGUUGGUCGAAAAUUAGUUUUCAAAAGACCCUUCUGCGAUGAUUUUGUGCGGUUCUGUUUUGAAAAGUUUGAAGUGGGCAUUUGGUCGUCUGCUAGAAAGAACAACGUGGAGGGGGUCGUUCUUUUUCUUCUGGGAGAUUUGAGAUAUAAGUUGUUGUUUUGCUGGGAUCAAUCUGAAUGCACUGAUACCGGGAUGCGUACGUUAGACAAGAGUAACAAGCCUCUUUUUCUCAAGGAACUGCACAGGCUGUGGAACAGCGAGGGAUUGCCAUGGCCCAAAGAUUAUUAUUCAUCUACCAACACAUUAUUAAUCGAUGAUUCACCCUACAAGGCACUAAGGAAUCCUCCAUUCACAGCAGUGUUCCCUGAAGCCUAUGAUGUCAAUAAUGACCAUGAUUCAAGUUUAGGCCCAGGGGGAGACAUUAGGAAUUACCUGCAGGGUAUUGCAAAUGCUCCUGAUGUCCAACAAUACGUGCAGGCUAGACCAUUUGGUCAGCCUUUGAUCUCCCAAGCUGAUCCUAAUUGGUGGUUCUAUAGCCAGAUUGGCCGACAUUGUCAUCACCAAACCAUGGUUUAUGGUGGAAAUUACCGUUUGUAACUCCUUUUCAUUGCGCAAGCUUCAAUCCCUAACUUUCACAUUUGAUGUUCCUUGUUUGUUUGUCUUUUGUCUGACCUUUUUGUGAUACGAUGUAAAAAACAACGUUCUUCCUGUAAGCUCUUGAUGUGAUCAAGUGGCUAGGUUGAAAGCAGAGACAAUUAUCAUCCUAUUGCCCCUUAUCACUAAAACAAAAGGACUCCACUACUUUUUCUCAUCA